AUGAAUCCACAAGAAUUCCAGUUAUUUUUCCAAGAAAUGCAAAACCAACGUGCGAAAGACACGGAAGCAAUGCGUGAACUUUUCAAGGAGUGUUUGCAAAUGAAAAUGCAUACUGAAGCAGUUCCGAAAACAGAAAAACCGGAGCAAACAAUGGAGAUUUUAGCAUCGAGUCUUACGGAAUUUGUUUAUGAUCCAGAAAAUAACUUAACAUUUGAAACGUGGUAUACGAGGUAUGAAGAUUUGUUUUUAGUAGAUGGUAGCAAACUUGAUGACGCAGCGAAGGUCAGGCUUCUAUUAAGGAAACUCAGUACAACUGUACAUAAUAAAUAUAUGGACUUUAUUUUGCCUAAGCAUCCACGUGAAUAUAAUUUCACUACAACAGUGGAGAAAUUGAAACAAUUGUUUGGACUUCAAAAGUCGCAAUUCAGCUUACGCUAUAGCUGCUUACAGCUAACCAAACCACCAGAUACCGACUAUACUACGUACGCAGCCGAGGUUAAUAAACACUGUGAAAAUUUUAAAUUGAAUAGCCUAUCAUUGGACCAGUUCAAAUGUUUAAUAUUCGUAUUGGGGCUGAAAUCGGAAGCAGACUUCGAAAUAAGAACCCGAAUAUUGACCAAACUGGACACAGAAGCUAAUAUCAUCAACUUGGAAAAACUUACAAACGAGUGUCAGCGUAUUAUUAAUUUAAAAUCCGACACAGCGCUGGUAGAAAAUAAAUCACGCGAAAAUCAGGUGAAUCGAGUACAAGCAAAUAAGCUUAAGAACAAUCACAAACCGAAAACACCAUGCUGGUUUUGUGGAGCAAUGCAUUAUGUGCGUGACUGCCCAUACAAAAAUUAUAAAUGCGAAGACUGUCACAACAUAGGCCAUAAAAAAGCAAUGGUAAAGCAAAAACAUUUUCACAGCCACGAUCCAACAGUAUAUACACAACGAACAGCAUCACAGCUUCACAGCGUAAAUAUGUCCAUGUUAAAAUCAACAAUGUGCGAAUCAAAUUGCAAUUUGAUACUGCAUCGGACAUAA